GCUGAUGAAGCGCCUGAUACUAUCACUGGGGACAUAGUUUUUGUCUUGCAACAGAAGGAACAUCCCAAGUUCAAGCGAAAGGGAGAUGAUCUUUUUGUAGAGCACACUUUGAGUUUGACUGAGGCCCUAUGUGGUUUCCAGUUCAUCUUGACUCACUUAGACAAUAGACAGCUACUCAUUAAGUCCCAACCUGGAGAAGUUGUCAAGCCUGAUCAAUUUAAGGCCAUAAAUGAUGAAGGAAUGCCAAUGUACCAAAGGCCGUUUAUGAGAGGAAAACUGUACAUUCACUUUACUGUAGAUUUCCCAGAGACAUUAUCCCUCGAGCAGUGCAAGAACCUUGAAGCGGUGUUGCCACCAAAACCCAAAACGCAAAUGACUGAUAUGGAAUUGGAUGAGUGUGAGGAGACCACUUUGCAUGAUGUUAACAUUGAAGAGGAGAUGCGUAGGAAGCAGCAACAAGCCCAAGAGGCAUAUGACGAAGACGAAGACAUGCAUGGUGGCGCCCAGAGAGUUCAAUGUGCACAGCAGUAAUUUGGCACUGUUUUGGUAAACCAAAGUUGCAUCAAGGAAUUAACAGCAUGGGUCUAUUCUUGGUUUUUAAGUAUUUGUAUGACAAGAUAAUGACAUUGUCAGGAAUAUUGCUUCUACAGUAAGAUGUAGUUUACUAGCUUAUGAUUUGGAAUUUUACGUUUGCUAAUUAAUUCUACAAUUGCUGGGGUGCGGCAGAUUUUAGCAA